GACAAGCAACUCUGUGUACGAUUACGGCGUCACCGGACGAGCACGUUUCGCACUUCGUUGGAGCUGUCCUGGGAUUGUUGAGCUCAAACUUUUACGUUCAUUAGUAAUUCAAAAAACGCAAAUAAGUGGGCCAGAAUGAACUUAAGCAACCAAUUACGUUAUGGCGUUGAAAUUACAUGGACGACGAGAUCUAACCUGUGCAAGUCCUUCCGUAGACAGUUUUCCAGACCCUUCUCAGCGAAGAGCUCAUGUCGAGUGUUGGUUGUCAACCCGAGAAAUGGCAAGUUUUCUCACUGCUGCUCUGUGGGCCCACUGGCUGUGCAGAGAAGAUGGUCUUCAGGAACUGACCCUGGAACAGCCUCCGUGCAAGCCACCCUCGUCGAGGCCGUACCGCCCGUGCCCGCUGCUCCGGUCCCCGCUGCUCCGGUCCUCGAAGUCGUGGAUCCUGGGGCACUGGUGGAGCAUGGCGAGGGCACUCUGCAGUCGAUGGGCCUGGGUGGCUGGGCACCCUCGGGCAUGGUACAGCACUGUCUGGACCUGCUGCACUCCUCGACGGGGCUUCCCUGGUGGGCCACCAUUGCGCUAGGGACAGUGGUGGUGAAGCUGCUGGUGUUUCCGGCAAUCCUCAAGGGGCAGAAGAACACCAUCCACAUGAACAACCAUCUGCCUCAGAUGCAGGUUCUGCAGGCCAAGCUCAGUGAAGCCAGAAGCUGUGGCAACCAAAUGGAAGCUGCCCGGUAUGCCAAUGAGCUGAUGCUCUUCAUGAAGGAGAAGCAGAUCAACCCUCUCAAGAACAUGAUUAUACCAAUGGUUCAGGCCCCAGUUUUCAUCAGCUUUUUCUUUGCUCUGCGUGGCAUGGCCAACCUUCCAAUGGAGAGCUUCAAGACUGGCGGCAUGCUGUGGUUCACAGACCUGACCAUCCCAGACCCCUACUGUCUGCUGCCGCUCAUAACAAGUGCCACACUCUUCUUCACAAUAGAACUAGGAGCUGAGAGUGGGGUGAGGGCAGACAACCUUCAGUGGACACGUUACGUCUUCCGAGCAAUGCCUAUCGUCAUCUUUCCCUUCACAAUGAACUUUCCUGCGGCCCUCUUAUGCUACUGGGCUACGAGCAACAUGUUUACAUUAGCCCAAGUGGGCCUGCUGCGUGUGGGUGCUGUUCGUGAGGCACUGAAUAUGCCAACCUUGGUCAAGCACAAGAAAAGUGACUUGGUCUUGUCCAAAAAGAGCUUCAUGGAAGGAGUGAAAGAUUCAUUCACAAAUGCUCGGAUAACUCGUGAGCUGGAGGACCGGGUGCGAGCUGACGAGAUGCAAUUCAAAAGGGCUGGGAUGGGACCAGUGGUGAAAACGUACCCUUACAACCCCACCAAGCAGGCCUUUGCCAAAGGGGCUCAGGACGGCCGCAAGAUAAACGAUUAACGCAGUGCGGCAGUAGCUGCUAGCGCUGCUAUAGUUUUAUUGAGUCCUCCUCUGGUACCUCGCUGUAGCUGUUUGUAAAUAAAUCAUUGAUGACUCUCA